AUGGAUUUUGGAUCCAAUAUCUCAGUUGCCUUUCUAUCCUUGAUGCUGACACUGUUACUUGUCAGGAGUUCUAAUGCUGGUGGAAUCUCCAUAUACUGGGGUCAGAAUGGGAACGAAGGAACUUUGGCAGACACUUGUUCCACAGGAAACUAUGAAUAUGUAAACGUGGCUUUCCUUUCUUCUUUUGGAAAAGGUCGGACUCCAGUUCUGAACCUUGCUGGUCACUGUGAUCCGAGUAGCAAUGGGUGCACCAAAUUAACUGAGCUCAGACAUCAAAUCCUGCCAAGCAAAAGGAGUCAAGAUCAUUCUUUCCAUCGGUGGUGCGGCUGGGAGCUAUUCCCUAGCUUCUGCUGGAGACGCGAGACAAAUGGCAAGCACUGGGAUGACCUAGCGAAGUACCUCUCUGCGUAUAGCAAGCGUGGAAAGAAGGUUUACUUGACAGCAGAUGCAUGGCUUGGAACUGCACUUCAAACAGGUGUUUUUGACUAUGUGUGGGUGCAAUUUUAUAACAAUCCACAAUGCCAAUAUAGUUCUGGAAAUAUCAACCGCAUUAAAGAUUCCUGGAAGCAAUGGACUUCUAAUAUCCCAGCCAAAAAGAUUUUCUUAGGGCUUCCAGCAGCUACUGAUGCAGCCGGAAGUGGGUUUAUCUCUGUGUCUGAUCUAACCAGAAAGAUUCUUCCAGCAAUUAAGGGUUCCAAUAAGUAUGGAGGUGUGAUGCUGUGGUCGAGGUAUUAUGAUGAUCAAUCUCGAUAUAGCUCUUCCAUUAAGAGCCAUGUUUAG